AUGGAGAGAGUGAACAAAAUGGUGGCACAAAAACCAUUGGUGAUCUUCAGCAAGAGUUCAUGCUGCAUGAGCCACACGAUCAAAUCACUCAUCUGUGAUUUUGGUGUUAAUCCUGUAGUGUAUGAGCUCGAUGAAAUCGCAAGAGCUGGAGACAUUGAGCAGGCUCUGUUAAGACUCGGUUGCAACCCGUCUGUCCCAGCGGUGUUCAUUGGCGGCGAAUUUGUCGGCGGAGCUAACGAGAUCAUGAGUCUCCACCUCCAACAAUCCUUAAAGCCAAUGCUUAAAAGGGCUGGUGCCUUAUGGGUUUAA